AUAGCAAUUGUGUAGUGGCUGACUGCGUUUCCCUCUAGUGGGCUCUUUAUGUGUCACUGUUGUGUGUGCUGCAGUGACAAUGUGAGCGAAUGUGUGACAGUGCAUGUAGGGGUGGGGAAAAGAGAGGGAGAGAGAGAGAGAAAGCAAGUAGCUAGAAAGAGAUAGAGCGCGUACACGAGGCAGGAGGCGCUCCUUCUAAUCCCGGCUGCAACCCCAAACAGCAUUGCACUGGCUGCUACAAUAGUCUUAAUGGAGACUCAGGCAGACUCUGGUGCUGCAGAGCCCCUUAGAGAUCGAGAGUUCCAGAAGCUUCUGAAGUCCUCCAGCUCUGCCAGUCUCACCAGCGAGGCAUCCCACAAUGCCUCAGGAGAGCAUGUCGGUACCCCGUCACAUCAUGGCAGCCAGGUGCUGAUCACAGAGAAACGACAGCCUCUCAGCAGUGUGUCCUCUCUGGAGGUACACUUUGACCUCCUGGACCUGACGGAGCUCACAGACAUGUCUGACCAGGAGCUGGGGGAGGUGUUUGCUGAUUCAGAUGAGGAGAAUCAUACAGAAUCCCCAGCAAUUCACCCCGCAGAUCGCCAGCAGCCACCAUUACCUAGAUUUCCACACAGCGGUUACGUCCGCUCACCCUCCUGGACCCGUGGUGGAAAAGGGGAACAGCAACCAAGGGAUCGAAAGCACCACAGUGACUCCGAAAACACAGAGCCAAUGUUGAAGAUAGAGCGUUCUCAGUCCCAGCAGCCUUGAGCCAGGGACAGCUACAGGGGCUUAGGAAGAAAACAAAGCCCUUGUGUGGAAAGUGAAGGUUCCUUCUCAAGCAAGAAGAUGAGUAACUCUUGGGAUCAAAGGACAUGGGGAUUCCACCUAAAGAUAAUGCAAUCCCUUUGUCCAUUAUGGACAAGAAGAGAGCUCCAAAAAGCUGGGGUAAGUGUAGACUCUUCCUCAAGACGGAACAGACUUCAUCCAACUAGGAUUUUGGGACGCCUCUUUGAGACUGAGUUACUUUCAGUCUUCUCCAUGUGACUACUGCAUAUGGAGGACUUGAAGCAUGAUGUAGCAUUAUGGACAACACUGGCUCCAGCGAAGUCAAUCUAAGGAGCAACUGAGGAAUUCCACAGUGAUUCGAAUCUUCAAGGAACAGUUUCAAGAGCAGUGCUAUAUAUCGAAGUAGCAACUGUGGUAAGACAGACAACCUACAGCAUAGUUCAAGACAUGGCAAAGCAUAGUUACAAGUUACAAGAAUUCCCAACAAAAGUGUCCUUCAAGGAGAUUCUGCAUGAAAAUAGGGAGACCCAGAAACAAAGUGAAAAAUCUUGUAAAAAAAAAUGAAUGCCUAAGGCCUGAAACAUAUCCUACGCAAGUACAUGAAUGCAGACACUUUGAGCUACACAAGACUGAUUUCAUACAUCUUUGAUUUCAGAAUUUGUCAGAACCGAAUUAAUAUUGCAGCAUAUUGCACCAGGUUCUCAUCUUUACCGACAAGAGGGUGUUGACCUAGUAUUAGCAUAAACCCAUAGAAUCCAAUAUCGAUAUGGAAGGCCUGGACUUAAGCUCCAACCUGCCCUAACAUAUUGGAUAGGAUUAGAUAACCCUGCAUAAGCAGUCUUCCUUGGUCAGUUUUAUCCCUUUAGACAGUGUUUCCCAACCCUGUUCCUGGAGGCACACCAAGAGUACACAUUUUUAAACACUUGCUAAAUCAAAUACACCUGAUUAAACUCAUCAGCUCAUUAGUACUGCAAGACCUGAAUGGAUAGGACAGAUAAUACAUCCAAAAAGUGAUGGUGUUGGUACUGUUGGUGUGCCUCCAUACAUAGUGUGUUAGUAAAUACUGCUGUAUGGUUAUUAUUGUCCCCUUUAGUACUGAGGUUUGUUACAGCCACAGUAACACAAGAACACAUAUAGUAUAUGUACAGCAGGACCACACAAGUAUUCUGACUGGUGUAGAAUAUGUUUCUGGCCUAACUUAAUGAGUACAACAUUUUAAGUUGCACUUAAAUUGUUGAAAGGGAGAAUAAUCUUUUAGCAAUAUGUUUUUAACCACUCUGUAUCAUUAAAUAAUCAUCAAUGUCAUUAAUAAUUUCACAUCAAGACAACAUUCAAAUCAGUCCUCAGUUGUGAUCACCAGUGCACAGUAAGCUACUGGGUGGGAAUUCCAAAUGAAAAUCCCUAAAAGUCAAAUUUUGUACAAAUUUCUGGACUCUUAUCAAUGUUGCACUGUAUUUGUCACCAGUUAUUACAGGGUUCAAUGAUGUCAAGCAUGAUCUAUACACAGGGUCACAUUGGAGAAGAAAUUCACAAACUUCCAGAAUCAUUAACAAGUCUGCCAAAUCAAGGAGGACAGAAAUCUAACAGGAAUAAAUGUGAAAUGAUAAAGAUCA